GACAAAGCAAUCGUGGGAAGAUCAGCAGAAAGCUGAAAACGCUUAUGUCUACAUCGGUCUGGCUAGUAGCUGCUUCAUCUUCGCUUUAAUCCGCUCCUUUCUAUCCUUCUACGGAAUGAUCAAGAGUUCUUCUCGCCUGCAUGCCGCCAUGCUGACUUCACUGUUGAGAGCUCCCGUUUCUUUCUUUGAUGUUAAUCCAGCUGGUCGUAUCUUAAAUCGCUUUGCUAAAGACGUUGGGUGCAUGGAUGAAGUAUUACCCUAUGUCCUUUCAGAGUCUGUUCAAUACGCCAUGUUCACCAUUAGUAUUUUGGUUUUGAUAUCUGUUGCUAACGUAUGGAUCAUUGGAGCAAGUGUGCCUUUUACAAUUCUGUCGUUGUAUGUUAGCAAACGCUAUACAAUCACAGCACGUGAGAUCAAGAGAAUUGAAGCCAUCACGAACAGCCCAGUAUGCUCACAUGUGACAGACACAAUUCAAGGCAUCACGACAGUUCGUGUGUACAAAAGAGAGGCAGUAUUCCUGGACCGUUUUUACAGUUAUCAAGAUGCAAACAACAGAGCUUUGUUCUGCUAUACUGCUUCGCUCAAGUGGCUUGGUAUUCGCCUCGAUACUCUAAGUUCAGUCCUAGUUACUGUUGUAACUUUAGCCGCCAUUUUUCUUUCUGGUGAUACAGCUUUAUCAGGCUUAUCAAUAAGCUACUGUAAAACUACUAAAGCUCCCCAGAUCAUUAUGAAGAACUUUGACACUCCGUAUGCAAGGGCAGAAGAAGAAGACAUCACAAUAACGUGUGAAAAUGAAGACGACAUCGACUGA